AUGACAGUAGCGGGCGAAGGCGUUAUGGCGGACCCUCAGUCAGAUGCCAUCUGGAUCCUUUCUUCGACUUUCAUUGUGUUUACCAUGCAGUCAGGUUUUGGGCUCCUGGAAAGUGGAACAGUAAGCGUUAAAAACGAGCUAAAUAUUAUGGUCAAAAAUGCAGUGGACGUCGUUUUUGGAGGUCUCACAUACUGGAUUUUCGGUUACGGACUCAGUUUUGGCAACGCCUCGUUCAGCAACGCUUUCAUCGGAUGGGGAGAUUUCUUUGUGACUGCUGAAGAUGAGAAACUCGGUAUCGUAUAUUCCAAGUUUUUCUUCCAAGCCUCGUUUGCGACCACCGCAACAACCAUCGUUUCCGGUGCUAUGGCGGAAAGGACCAAGCUAGUUUCAUACAUUGUCUUCUCCAUGAUCAACACGGUCCUGUUCAGCAUCCCUGCUCACUGGGUCUGGUCAUCCAAGGGCUGGCUCUACAUGCUGGGCGUGGUCGAUAUAGCGGGGGCGGGGCCUGUACACAUUGUGGGUGGGGUCACUGGGCUUGUCGCUACCCUCAUGUUGAAACCCAGGCAUAGGCGCUACGACGGGGAGCGGCACAAAGCACCGACCAUGAGCUCUCCGACAAACGCUGUGCUUGGCAUGUUCAUGCUAUGGUGGGGUUGGCAUGGAUUCAACUGCGGAAGCACAUUUGGUAUUUCCGGUUUAAAAUGGAAACUAGCCGCCAGGUCUGCGGCAACAACUCUUUGUUCCUCGGUGGCCGGCGGUGUUGGUGGAUUUUUUCUCAGUUAUAUCAUGAAGGACCGGAAGUUUGAUGUCAAGUACAUGAUUAAUGGUCUCCUUGGCUCUCUAGUAUCCGUGACAGCUGUGUGUGCCGUAGUUCAACCUUGGGAAGGACUCAUUAUUGGAUUUGUUGGUUCGUUGGUUUCCAAUGCGGGAGUGGCGUUGCUAGACAAGCUCAAAAUAGACGACCCUGUUGGGUGUGUCGUGACGCACGCUGUCUCCGGUGUGUGGGGAAUGCUGGUAGCGGGGCUCUUUCUCCGGAAGGAUAAACUCCUCAACGCGCUCUAUUUACACAAAGCCUCCACCGGGCUCUUCUAUGGUGGCGGCCUGUACCAGCUGGGGAUACAAAGUUUUGCAGUGGUGGCAAUAAUCAUUUGGACAGUGGUUGUGUCCUUCAUCUGUCUUAAGCUUAUAGAUGUCACUCUGGGACUGCGGGUAUCGCUGGAAGAAGAGAUUAUUGGAGCUGACAUCAUCGAACAUGGCAUACUGGAAGAAGAGAUUAUUGGAGCUGACAUCAUCGAACAUGGCAUAGAGUCAAUCAGAAAUGGUCACGUGAGAGGAGAAACACAGGACGCCAUAGAACAAAACACUGCAGAUAAUAACCACAUCGAGGUCAAUCCAGCAGCUCUUGUGAUGGGUGACGAUCUAUUCCAGGGCGUGAUCAUUCAUGCAGACCUGUACAACGUCAUCUAUUAG